GAAAGAAGGAUUGUCCAAAUGUGGAAGAUGCAAGCAGGCAUUUUACUGCAAUGUGGAGUGUCAGAAAGAAGAUUGGCCCAUGCACAAACUGGAAUGCUCUCCCAUGGUUGUUUUUGGAGAAAACUGGAAUCCCUCUGAGACUGUAAGGCUGACUGCAAGGAUUCUGGCCAAACAGAAAACCCACCCAGAGAGAACGCCUUCAGAGAAAUUGUUAGCUGUGAAGGAGUUUGAGUCACAUCUGGAUAAGUUAGACAAUGAGAAGAAGGAUUUGAUUCAGAGUGACAUUGCUGCACUCCGCCACUUCUACUCCAAGCACCUCGAGUUCCCUGACAACGAUAACCUAGUAGUACUCUUUGCACAGGUUAACUGUAAUGGCUUCACGAUUGAAGAUGAAGAACUUUCUCAUUUGGGAUCAGCAAUAUUUCCUGAUGUUGCUCUGAUGAAUCAUAGCUGUUGUCCCAAUGUCAUUGUGACCUACAGAGGGACCCUGGCAGAAGUAAGAGCCGUACACGAAAUCAGCCCUGGAGAGGAGGUUUUCACCAGCUAUAUUGACCUCCUGUACCCAACAGAAGAUAGGAACGACCGGUUACGGGAUUCUUACUUCUUCACCUGUGAGUGCCACGAGUGCACCACCAAAGACAAGGAUAAGGCCAAGGUGGAAAUCCGGAAGCUCAAUGAUCCCCCAAAGGCAGAAGCCAUCCGUGACAUGGUCAGAUAUGCACGCAAUGUCAUUGAGGAGUUCCGGAGAGCCAAGCACUACAAAUCCCCUAGUGAGUUGCUGGAGAUUUGCGAGCUCAGCCAGGAGAAGAUGAGCUCCGUGUUCGAGGACAGCAACGUGUACAUGCUGCACAUGAUGUACCAGGCCAUGGGCGUCUGCUUGUACAUGCAGGACUGGGAAGGAGCCCUGCGAUACGGACAGAGAAUCAUUAAGCCCUACAGCAAGCACUACCCACUGUACUCCCUCAACGUGGCCUCCAUGUGGUUGAAGCUAGGAAGACUGUACAUGGGCCUGGAAAACAAAGCCGCAGGAGAGCGAGCCCUGAAGAAGGCCAUUGCGAUCAUGGAAGUAGCUCACGGCAAAGAUCAUCCAUAUAUUUCUGAGAUCAAACAAGAAAUUGAAAGCCACUGAAACUACGCAACAUGGCAGAUUCCAUUUCUAGUUCGAACACCUUAUAGGAUUGGAAUAUUUCAAAUCUUGCACAUCACUCUCACAUUUCUGUAAAAAUAAUUGGAAUGAUAACACUUGCACUUAAGCCCUGCUUAUCCCAUAUUUGGUUGGUCUUCAUCUUUAACCUUAAUAUCAAAACAAAUUUUUUUUUGUAAGAUUGGCAUGGUUUCAAAUGUUCGUUUGGACAGAUUGCAUUUUUAAAAUGCACUUAUAUUUUUCCUUCAUGCCUAUUGUAAUGUUCUGAACAAACUUGAAUGAUGAUAGAAAAUUAAA